GCUCGCAGCGCUUGGCUGCCUGGGGUUCGUGUACUCGGGUGCGCAGAUGCGCUGGAGCUUGGCGGCGCGAAGCCGGGAGGAACCCGGCGGUCUCCGCGCUAGCAUAGCUGUGCUUCGAUGCUCAGCACCUGAGUGGCUCCCGCCCUGCCUAUGCGGUCUUCAGACAUGGGUGUUGUGCUGCUCCCGCCGCCGCUGUCCAUGCUGAUGCUGGUGCUGAUGCUGCUACCAGUGGCCAGUGCCUCGGAAGCUGAACACCGCCUGUUCCAGUACCUGUUCGAAGAUUACAACGAGAUCAUCCGGCCAGUGGCUAACGUGUCCCAUCCAGUCAUCAUCCAGUUUGAGGUGUCCAUGUCUCAGCUGGUGAAGGUGGAUGAAGUAAACCAGAUCAUGGAAACCAACCUGUGGCUGAAGCAAAUCUGGAAUGACUACAAGCUGAAAUGGAAACCCUCUGACUACCAAGGGGUGGAGUUCAUGCGUGUCCCUGCAGAGAAGAUCUGGAAACCAGACAUCGUGCUUUAUAACAAUGCUGAUGGGGAUUUCCAGGUGGAUGACAAGACCAAAGCUCUACUCAAGUACACAGGAGAAGUGACUUGGAUCCCUCCGGCCAUCUUUAAGAGCUCAUGCAAAAUCGAUGUGACCUAUUUCCCAUUCGACUACCAAAACUGCACCAUGAAGUUCGGCUCCUGGUCCUACGACAAGGCAAAGAUCGACCUGGUCCUCAUUGGCUCCUCAAUGAACCUCAAGGACUACUGGGAAAGUGGCGAGUGGGCCAUCAUUAAAGCCCCGGGCUACAAACAUGAGAUCAAGUACAACUGCUGUGAGGAGAUCUACCAAGACAUCACGUACUCGCUGUACAUCCGCCGCCUGCCACUGUUCUACACCAUCAACCUCAUCAUCCCCUGCCUGCUCAUUUCCUUCCUCACCGUGCUCGUCUUCUACCUGCCCUCCGACUGUGGGGAGAAGGUGACGCUCUGCAUCUCUGUGCUCCUCUCCCUGACUGUCUUUCUCCUGGUGAUCACUGAGACCAUCCCUUCCACCUCUCUGGUUAUCCCCCUGAUCGGGGAAUAUCUCCUCUUCACUAUGAUUUUUGUCACCUUGUCCAUCGUCAUCACAGUCUUUGUGCUCAACGUGCACUACAGAACUCCAACCACACACACGAUGCCUACUUGGGUCAAGGCCGUGUUCUUGAACCUGCUCCCCAGGGUCAUGUUUAUGACUAGGCCGACCAGCAGCGAGGGAGACUCUCCGAAGAUGAGGACCGUCUACGGCGCUGAGCUCUCAAACCUGAACUGCUUCCGCCGUGCAGACUCCAAAAGCUGCAAGGAAGGCUACCCAUGCCAAGAUGGCACAUGUAGCUACUGCCAUCACCGUAGAGUAAAAAUAUCAAAUUUCAGUGCCAACCUCACAAGAAGCUCCAGCUCUGAGUCUGUCGAUGCUGUGUUGUCCCUCUCUGCUCUGUCACCAGAAAUCAAAGAAGCCAUCCAAAGUGUGAAGUAUAUUGCUGAAAAUAUGAAAGCACAGAAUGUAGCUAAGGAGAUUCAAGAUGAUUGGAAGUAUGUUGCCAUGGUGAUUGACCGAAUCUUUCUCUGGGUUUUCAUUCUGGUGUGCAUUUUAGGAACAGCUGGAUUAUUUCUGCAACCCUUGAUGGCCAGAGAUGACACAUAAACUGUGACCUCUUCACCGAGGCUCCCCUGUGCUGAUGCAAGAGCACUUUCUUUAGCACCCUACUUUAUCUGAUCACAGGCUUGGAGUUUGCUAUUUCAAGGGUUAUUUUCAACUCAUCUUCAUUUUUUGUUAAAAAAAAAAUGUGGGAGAAAAAUGUCUAGUUAUGUAUUAUGGAUAAAUGAACAUUUCUCUACCCCCAUGAUUAAAACUUAACUAGAUAGAAAUUUUUUUCUGUUCAUAAAUAUUAAAUCCUUUAGCUCAGGAUCUCUAUAGAACUCAUCUGUUCAGUCCGUAAACUACUUGAAGUUUAUUCCAGCAGCACCCAUCACUUCUGUUCUUUACUAUCUUUCCAAAGGCCAUACUUCCACUUCAGUAUUUGCCGAUACCCUGAGAAAUUAUACCUGGCCUCACGCUCACUGCUAGUUAACUACUCUAGUCUGUUCAAGUUUCUAAUUUAGAAAAACAUCCCAUAGAGCCCUGCAAGACUUUAUAAUCCCAGUACUCAAGAGGUAGAGUCAGAGGCAGGUGGGAUUUCUGUGAAUUCCAGGCCAGCCUGGUCUAGAUAGUGAGCUCCAGCCCAACUAGGGCUGCACAGUGGGACCCCGUCUCAAAACAACACCCCUCCCCAAACUGUACAACUAAACACAAAGUUAUUUCUCACAGUUUAGGAGUCUGGGAAGUCUAGGAUCAAAGUGCUAGCGAGACUGUCUGGAGAGUCUUCCUCAUAAAACUUACCUUCCAGUGUAUCUCUAAGUGGCUGAAAGGGCUAGUCUUUCUGGAAUCUUUUACAAAAGCACUAAUUCCAUUUGUCUAGGCAUGACCUCAUGACCUAAUAACUUCCCAAACAGUAUUGCAUGGUAGGUUCACACAUGAGCUGCAGGGAGUUGUCCAGACUCUGGGAUGAACCGUCAGAGCAGGGGUUCACUACAUUAGCACUAGGGUUUGGGCUCCAGAAUGGUGCUGGGGAUGUGAGAUGUCUGGACUUCAGCAGCCGAUGGUUCCUGCCCACUAGGAUGCCAGUAACAAACCUGUGUGCCUCAGCUGUCAGAACGCCCAGAAUGUAGGACGUUGUCAAAAUUGGUUAUGCUUGAGAAGCUAUUUGAACAAACUGAAUUUCCCAUAUUACACUCCCAAAUCUGAAUCACAACUCCUAGAGUUCACAGAGACCAUUUGCAUAUUUUCACUAGUUUUUCUUCUAUGCAAAAAUAAAACCUGACAAUUGCAAUUCACUGUGGCUUAUAUUUCAGUAAGUCAAAAGGAAGAGUGUACUAUGAAAUUUGUUGGUUUACAAGUAUCUUAACAGUGAUUGAGAUAUAAGGGAUGAGGGAUAUAUACAAACUAAGAUAGCUAACAGCAAUUUACAUUAAACUAGAUUUUAUUAGUGUUCCCUCAUGUUGUUAAGCACCGGAGACAAUAAACUUUAAAGGAGGAAAUGUGUAUGUGGGCUCAUGGUUUCCAUCCAUGUCACUCAUGUGGUCUGUUCCUUUUAGCUUGUGAUGAGACAAUACAUCAUGGUAAGGAGCACA